GCCCCGGCAGGACCCAUGGCGGAUCCCACGGCCGCAUCAUCCCUGCGGGAAGGCGGCUCCCGCGCGCCACGGGCCUCGGCGCCCUCGCCGCCGCCACCGCCGCGUUCGCACUCGGGCUCCGAGUCGGAGGAGGCCGAGCUAUCGCUGAGCCUGGCCCGCACCAAGACCCGCUCGUACGGCAGCACGGCCAGCGUGCGGGCGCCGCUGGGCGCCGGCGUCCUCGAGCGCCUCGUGGAACACCGGGUUCGCGCCGGUGACACGCUGCAGGGCAUCGCGCUCAAGUACGGAGUCACGAUGGAGCAGAUAAAAAGAGCCAAUAAACUGUUUACCAAUGACUGUAUAUUUCUGAAGAAAACUUUGAACAUCCCAAUUAUAUCAGAGAAGCCUUUGGUGUUUAAUGGCCUUAACUCCAUUGAUUCUCCAGAAAAUGAAACUGUCGAUAGCAGUUUUGCUCCAGAGGAGCUGCCAGUGGGGGCGGAGGAAGACUUCCCUCCUCCCAGUCCCCAAGAACCCGAAGUUCAACCUGGGGAGCCCGAAGACGUGACCGCCAGGGAUUUCCUGCGGAGACUUGACCAGCAGAUUAAGUUAUCAACACAGGCAGCCAAGAAACUAAAAGAAGAGAGCAGAGAUGAAGACAGUCCCUAUGCAAGUUCCCACUAUCACAGCUAGGUGGCGAGGGCCAGCGCUGUCACCUGGAUGAAGCGAUGGUUGGACCACAGGGAACCCAACAGCUGAAGAGUCAGACUCGUCCGUUUGGAUGCCCUUGGUCUGUGAAGUCGCUCCGCCUUCUGCAGUUACGCUCAUGUAGUGCCCUCUGGCUUUCUACACGUUGACGUCUUCUUUAUAGCAUGAUAGCAGUUGUACCCUCCAGCUCAUCACUUCUGCAGGGGUGCUAGUUCUAGAUGAGCUUUUGUAGAUACCAGGUGAUAUAAAGCAUCAAAGACUAUGCAUAUAUAUGUGUGUCUGUGUAUACACACACACACACACACACACACAUAUAUAUAUACAUAUAGCAAUGUUUAUCUCAUGAAAUCCUAAUUUUGUGAAAAACUUGGUGGCUGUUUUACGUGAUGCUGAAUCUGCUGCGUGUUUAUAACUUAAGUGCUAUAUAUGUAUAUUUCCAUAUGUAUUAACAUAUUCUAUACUAGUACAAAGAACCAAAUUUUGUCUAUUUUGUAAAAAAAUAAACUACAAAAUUCUGAAUGAGAAAAUAAA